CUGCAUGUCAUUACUGAAAAAGUUUGUGUUCAGUAACUAACAAGAAAAAGUUAGCAAUCUUUGAGGGGAAGACAUGUAUUCGAGGUUAUGAUCUGACAUUACAAUCCAUCCUUGAGGUUAAAUUACAGAGAAUCACAAUAAUUUCAGUUCCUGUUCUUGUAUUUGUUGGUGUGAUUCUUGUCAGCUAUUACAUUUGGAGAACCUGUGCAAAAUUAGAAGGGAGAGGGAAAAUUCUUGUGAAGGGUGACUGAAGCAAAAAAUGGCAAAACGAAGAAAUGGAAGUUCAGUAUUUUGACCUACCUAUAAUAGCUAAAGCCACAAAUGACUUACAAAUUAACAAGAAGCUAGGGGAAGGUGGUUUCGGGCCAGUGUACAAGGGUACUCUGGCCAAUGGACAAGAAAUUGCUGUGAAGAGGUUUUCAAGAAGCUCUGCACAAUGAUUAAAUGAGUUCAAGGAUGAAGUUGCACUUAUAGCCAAACUUCAAGAUCGGAAUCUUGUAAAGCUUCUAGGAUGCUACCUCCAAGAAGAGGAGAAAAUGCUGAUUUGUGAAUACAUGUCCAACAAAAGUUUGGACUUCUACAUUUUUGGUCAGAUUAAAAACCAAAUACGCUAUGUAGGAGUGGCAUGAAUUUAUCAGAAUUAGUUUGUACAUGCACAAUUUUAGGAAACUGCACUAAUGCGAACAUCAUACUUGCCAGAUUAAGCAGGAAGAAAACUAUUAGGCUGAUCCAAGAGUUUCCACAUUAUCAGUGGAAUUUUUGGGGGCUUCUGUAUCUGCACCAAGAUUCCAGAUUAAGGAUCAUUCAUAGAGAUACUGCUUGGGAGAGAAAUGAACCCAAAAUCUCAGAGUUUGUCAUGGCUAGAACUUUUGAAGGAUACCAGAUUGAAGGGAGCACAGAGAGAGUGGUUGGAACCUAAUAAGUCUUAUUUCUACACUUAGAUCUCCCCAAUAUCCUCAGGUGUAUAAUUUUCUUUGGAUGAUUUUCUGCAGUGGUUAUAAGGCACCAGAAUAUGCCAUUGAUGGGAAUUCUUA